CUCAUCCCAAACAUGGCAGGUGAUCCAUUCUUAUCAGAUCCUUCGAAGAAGAGAAAGAACAGGAGCAGCAGAACAACCAGCGUGGCCAAAAAGUCCCGUUCGAGUAAGGCUGAUAGUGCUCCUGCUAGACAUAAAAGACAAACUCAACAAGAGGAAGAUGAAAUCACAGAUGGCAGUGAUUCUGAAACCGAACAAGUGGAGUUCGAUGCAGAACAAGGAAGUGAAGAAUUGUCGUCCGACGAAGAGUUUGCUGACGAAAAUGCAACAGAUAAGAGAAGAAGAUUGGCCCAACAAUACCUUGAUAACCUUGGGAAUCAAUUAGACGGCGGUGAAGAGUUUGAUGCCAAGGAUUUGGACGAUGAUAUUCUUGCCAGAAGAUUACAAGUCGAUGUGGCCGAAAACAAGGGAUAUAUCUAUAAAUUUUUCGGAGAACAAGUUUCCAGUCAAAAAGAAUCCACCACCAUAACCACCACCAGAAUAGGCAGCAAGCAUUUAACCGCAUUAGCAGUUAGGUAUCCUUACUUAUACACCGUUUCCAAAGAUAUCGAGCUCAUCAAGUGGAAUAUCAGUCUAGACAAAAAGAAACCUCAAAGAAUAAAGCACAUUAAGGGCCACAGAAAAAAUACCAAAGGGCAUUCAGAUCAGAUAAACUGUGUCGCUGUGUCUUCCGACGGUAAGUUUGUUGUUACCGGAGGAAUGGACUCGAAGUUGAUCAUAUGGUCCAGUGAAAACUUGGCCGUUUUGAAAGUCUUGGAGACCAGAGCACCCGUGAACGCGAUUACUUUCAGAAGAGGAACAGAUCAAUUAUACGCAGCAUGUGCAGAUCUUAAGAUCCGUACUUAUUCCAUCAAUCAAUUUACUCAGUUGGAAAUCUUAUAUGGACACCAGGACAACAUAACCGAUAUCUCAUCCAUGGCCAAAGAAACAUGUGUAUCCGUUGGAUCAAGAGAUAAAACUGCCAUGUUCUGGAAAAUUGCUGAAGAAUCUAGAUUGACUUUCAGAGGAGGAGACUUUGAGAAGAAAAAGAAGAAGAGGGAUGACGAGCCGGAAGUGGUUACCUACAACGAAGGUGCUAUUGAGGUGGUGUCCAUGUGUGACGAAUCCAAGUUUGUGACCGGUUCCGAUAAUGGUAAUGUAUCAUUCUGGUCUUUGGCGAAGAAGAAGCCAUUAUCCACCCAAAGAUUAUCUCAUGGGUUGCAACCAGCCCUUGCAUCCACCAAAGCCAGUGCCGAGGUCAACGAGGAGUUAUCUACUAGACAAGUACCUCAAAGACAGCCAUAUCCUAUCACUGCUAUACAUUCCGUGCCAUUCAGUGAUAUUUUCAUCACUGGUUCUUAUGAUGGAAGUUUGAGAGUGUGGAGAAUCGAUCAACAGAACAUGAGAAAUUUCGAGAUGAUCGGAGAGAUUGCAGGUGUCAAGGGAUGUGUUGUCAAGAUCGACAGUGCUGAAGAGAAGGGCAAGUUAGUGGUGUUUGCCUUGGUCAGUAAGGAGCACAGAUUGGGAAGAUGGUUAGGUAAAAUCGAAGGAGGAAGAAACGCAUUAGUGAGUUUCGCUUUUGAUGUUUAGUAUAAACUGAGCACUGACAGCUAGAAAACUCCAGAACUACAGGUAAUUUACUCUAGCUGAAAAAGCAUGUCAAACUAUAGAGCUAUAAGCAUGACUAGUCAUAAAAUUAAUAUAC